UAUCAACCACUACAACAUUUUUCCCUUCUCCCAUCUUGUAUUAUUUCCAUUAUGGUCUCAUCACAGAACAAAGGCCGGCGCGAGACGCUGACGGUCGUGGACAACAGAACCAACCAAACCUACGAAAUCCCCAUCACACAUAAUUCCAUCCCAGCAACAGAAUUCAAGAAGAUCAAAGCCACGCCCGGCAACGAUCGCCAAGAGGAUGAAACUACACAAGGUCUUCGGGUGUAUGACCCCGCGUACAUGAACACUGCUGUCGUGCAGAGUAAAAUCACCUACAUCAACGGCCUAGAUGGUGUUCUUCGGUACCGCGGAUAUCCGAUUGAGCAAUUGGUCGAAAAGAGCAACUUUCUCGAGUCUGCUUAUCUGCUCAUCUAUGGUGAACUUCCAACGAAGGCGCAGUACGAUGACUGGCAUGGCGAGGUGAUGCAUCAUACGUAUAUUCACAGCGACAUUGAGAAUAUGUUCAAGUCGUUCCGCUACGAUUCUCAUCCCAUGUCCAUGCUUACUGCGGCCUUUGCUACGCUUGGAGCAUUUGCUCCGGAGGCUAAUCCCUCGCUUGCCGGCCAGAAGCUUUAUACCAACGCUGCUUCUGGUAACAUGGACGCCCUCAAGAUACUGGACAAGCAGAUUCUGCGUGUCCUUGGAAAGGCACCGACUUUGGCUGCAGCGUCGUACAGAAUGCGACAGGGUCGACCGUUCAACCGCCCAGCGCAGGGCUUGUCAUACACCGGAAACUUUCUGCAUCUGCUCGACAAUCUGUCUGAGCCUGAUUACCAACCGCAUCCUGUUCUUGCCAAGGCGCUGGACAAACUUUUCAUCAUCCAUGCUGAUCACGAGGUCAACUGCUCUACCGCUACAGUCUUGCAGGUAGGAAGUUCUUUGGUAGACCCCUACAGCGUUGUUUCAGCAGGAUGCGCAGCCCUGUAUGGUCCAUCUCACGGCGGAGCUUCAGAGUCAGCGAUCAGAAUGCUCAUUGAGAUCGGAUCGCCCGAAAACGUCCCAGCAUUCAUGCAAGCUGUUGAGCGAAGAGAGCGUGUCCUUGUAGGCUUCGGCCAUCGCGUCUAUAAAAACGUGGACCCCCGCUCAACAGCCAUCCGCAAACUUGCCGAAGAAGUAUUCGAAGUCACCGGACGAAACAACCUUCUCGACACAGCCCUAACGCUAGCAGACUACGCCCGCAAGAGCGAAUUCAUGCGAAGCAGGAACUUGUACCCCAACGUAGACUUUUACUCUGGUCUGAUCUACCAAGCCAUGGGAUUCCCGCUCGAUUUCUAUCCUGUGUUGUUUGCUGUGCCUCGAUGUGUUGGUUGGUUGGCGCAUUGGAGACAGAUGAUGCUGAAUAAAUCAGGCGUCAAGAUCUGGAGACCGAGACAGAUUUAUAUUGGUGAGGGGGAGAGGGAUUAUGUUGAGACGGGGGAUAGGAAGGCGAAGACUGAUGCGACUGUUUUUGAUGCUCCUGUUAAGGUUGAACAUGGAGGGGAGAAGCAGCGGACCCUACUUGCUGCUUCUGCAGGGCUGAAGAGUAAGCUGUAAUGGUUGAGCGGAGUUUAGGGCUUGCUAUGUAUUCUGUCACUUUUGUCUUCCACGGUAAAGCAGAUAUCGAUGCGAUAAUAGUCUAAUCUAUUUGUAUUCUUAUCUCCAUUCUGCCGCCAUUUAUAACGCCAGUAUUAUGUAUAUAGUCUAUCACCAAGUAUUAUCAAUAAAACAGCUUGACUUCA